GCUGAGCAGUUCUUACAAGCACAGUUGUAAUCCUGAUACCGCCUAACGUACAUGACAGCAGCAAGAAAGAGAGCUCAGCUAGUCCUUCUCAGCAGCUCACCUCGUCUGCAGAUAUGAAUGACAUCAAGUUGGCUCUGCUGGGCAGCGAGGGAGCAGGGAAGUCAGCUGUUCUGGUAAGGUUUCUGACAAAACGUUUCAUUGGAGAGUAUGCUUCCAACGCCAACUCCUUAUACCGUAAAAGGCUCUCCAUCGAAGGAAGACUGUUACACUUGGAAGUAUUUGAUCCGUGUUCACAGAGUGGAGAGAGCAGAUGUAUCCUGGAAGAGCCGGUGGAGUGGGCCGAUGGAUUUAUCGUGGUGUACAACAUCAGCGACCGAACGUCCUUCCUCAACGCCCAAAACAUCCUAUGUCAGAUCAAAGAUGCCCGGGGAGAGAGCUGCAAGGGAGAGAUGGACAAGAUGGACAUCCCAAUCUGCCUGGUGGGGAACAAGCAGGACCUGUGCCACGCCCGUCAAGUGUUUGAGGAGGAGGGCCGUGCCUUGGCUCAGGAGCACAGAUGCCACUUCCAGGAGGUUUCUGCAGCAGAGGACUACCUGGAGAUAUCCAACCUCUUCACCAAGCUCAUCCGCCACGUCAUGGAUCACCUGAAGUACCGGGCCGACCUCCGCCGCUACAGUGGCUCUAAGUCCAUGGCCAAGCUCAUCAACAAUGUCUUCGGCAAGAGGAGGAAAUCUGUCUGAAGGUGGGGUGCUCAUGUGGACAUUGAUGGGAUGUUUGAUCGGGAUGACUUGUUUAUAUAGACAUGUUGUGGACGCCUAGGUUGUUGAUUCUGAUGAAAACUUCUUGGGACAGAGACAGCUCUGUAAGUAUGAAUGACAUACUUACCUAGUCCAGACUUUACAGUGGUGGAAAAAGUACUCAAAUGUCAUACUUGAGUAGAAGUAAAGAUACCUUAAUAGAAAAGUAAAAGUGAAAGUCACCCAGUAAAAUACUACUUGAGUAAAAGUCUAAAAGCAUUUGGUUUUCAGAUAUACUUAAGCAUCAAAGUAAAAGUAUUAAUAAUUUCAAAUGCAUUAUAUUAUGCAAACCAGAUGGCACAAUUUUUAAAUAUUGUUUUAUUUACAGAUAGCCAGAGGCACACUCCAACACUCAUUAAUUUACAAAUGUGGCAUUUCUGUUUAGGUGGUCUGCCAGAUCAGAGGCAGUAGAGAUGACAAGCAAUGUUCUCUUGAUAAGUGUCUGAAUUGGAUCAUUUUCCUGUCUAAAUGUAAUGAUUACUUUCAGGUAUC